CGAACGCGCCGUCUCUGGGACGCGAGAGGCGGGGCCGGGAGAAGACUGGCGAUGGGUCCCGCUGAGGAGGAAGAAACGGGUCGGAGGCGGCGGCGCUGCUGCUGCUGCUGAGGGCCUUCCCUCCGGGGGAAGCGAGAAGGGACGCCGCGCUGCCCCGACGGGGCCUGGUAGCGGCCCGCGGCUAAGAGGAGAGAGGAGUAGAAGCUGUCAAGAUGAGCAGAAAGCCUCCAAAUCGUCCUGGGAUCACAUUUGAGAUUGGUGCCCGUUUGGAAGCACUUGAUUACCUACAAAAAUGGUAUCCUUCACGCAUUGAGAAGAUAGACUAUGAAGAAGGGAAGAUGCUUGUCCACUUUGAGCGCUGGAGUCAUCGUUACGAUGAAUGGAUUUAUUGGGACAGCAAUCGGUUGCGACCCCUAGAACGGCCAUCGCUGAGGAAAGAGGGUCUGAAAGAUGAUGAUGAAUUUAUUGAUUUUCAACCUGGAGAAGAGGUUCUAGCUCGUUGGACAGACUGUCGAUAUUAUCCUGCAAAGAUUGAAGCAAUUAACAAAGAAGGAACCUUUACUGUACAGUUUUACGAUGGAGUGAUUCGGUGUCUUAAACGAAUGCAUGUAAAAUCUAUGCCAGAAGAUGCCAAAGGUCAGGCGCGUGAGUGGCAGCAGAUAGCGCCGGAGCUGAGAUUAGUGACGGAUAACGAUCCACAUGAAGACUGGAUCGCUCUGGUUAAAGCUGCAGCGGUGGCAGCUGCCAAAAACAAAGGAGGAGUUAAACCUCGGACCAGCGCGAACAGCAAUAAAGACAAAGAGGAGAGAAAGUGGUUUAAAGUUCCUUCAAAGAAGGAAGAAACGUCAACCUCAGCAAUUGUCCAGGAAGUUCAGAAGAAGGAAGAACAGCCUACAUCCAGCGAGACACUUGGAUUCCCUCUAGUGGACGUCCCAAAGAUUGCCUUUGCACAGGCAGAGAAUGCAUUGGCGCACAAGAGGAAAAAUAACCUAGGCAACUCAUUUCAGGCAAAGAGGGCUCGGCUUAACAAGAUCACUGGGUUGUUGGCAUCCAAAGCUGUCAGCGCUGAUGGUGCUGAAAAAAAGGAAGGCAACAAAGAAGCAGCUCCAGUCUUGGAGCAGGAGAUAUCACCUAAGCCUCAAAGUCAGAAAAAAAAUGAAGCUGAUAUUAGCAGUUCUGCCAACAUUCAGAAAUCUGCACUGUUGCCCUCAACUUUGUCUUCAGGAAAGGCUCGCAGCAAGAAAUGCAAACAAGAAUCUGGAGAUUCUGCAGGGUGUAUAAAGUCCCUUAAAUCACCAAUUUCCCCAGAGUUAAUACAAGUGGAGGAUUUGACCCUGGUCUCCCAGCUUCCUUCUUCUGUGAUAAAUAAAACUAGUCCAUCACGGCCAGUGAGUACCCUUAGAUCCUUCAAAAAUAGCCAGCGGAGAAGAAGACCACAGCGCUUAGCGACUGGUUCGUUGCCUCAUGGUUCACUAGAAAAAGUUCCUUCUCCCUCUCCAGUCACUGAUAGAAAAGUGUUCUCCAUCAAUGCCCCAAACCAGCCGCCAGCAUUACUGGAGGUUCCCAAUGUUGCUCAUGUCUCCCUUGAGAAGCGCGGACUCUGCCUCCCUCUUGACUUAAGCCGCAACUUGGAUGUAUCGGCACUGUUAACGGCGGAGGCUGCUUUCCGCAGUGACUACCCCAUUAAAGAGAAGGAAGAUAAUCAGAUGAUGUUGUGCCAUUCUUCUAAAGCAGUGACUGAUGGCAGAGUAGCCCCAGUGGCAUCAGGAAUGCUGAAAACGGAGAGAAAAACGAAAUUGGAAGACAGAUGCUCGUCGCUGCUUGGUAAAAAGAAGGAGAAGGAUAAAGAAAGAAAGGAGAAGAAGGAGAAAGAUCACAAGUCGAAACAGAAAAAGAAGAAAAAGAAAAAGAAGAAAUCAAAGCAGCAUGAUUAUUCGGAUUUCGACGAUAGUUCUCUCGAGUACUUGGACAGGUGCUCCUCUCCAUUCACUAGGUCUUCUGGGAGCUCACUGACACUACGAAGCACAACCAUGGAGAAGAACACAUCCUAUCAGUACCCAAGAGCUAUUCUGUCUGUCGACCUUAGUGGUGAAAACCUCUCUGAUAUGGAGUUUUUAGACGACUCUUCUACCGAGAGCUUGCUGCUGAGUGGCGAUGAAUACAAUCAGGACUUUGAUUCAACCAAUUUCGAAGAAUCUCAGGAUGAGGAGGAUACGCUCAAUGAAAUUGUCAGGUGUAUCUGUGAAAUGGAUGAGGAAAAUGGGUUCAUGAUUCAGUGUGAAGAGUGCCUGUGUUGGCAGCACAGUGUGUGCAUGGGAUUGUUGGAAGACAGCAUUCCGGAGCAAUACAUCUGCUAUGUUUGCAGGGACCCACCUGGUCAGAGAUGGAGUGCCAAAUAUCUCUACGAUAAAGAUUGGUUGAAUAAUGGCCACAUGUGUGGUUUGUCGUUUUUAAAAGAGAACUAUUCUCAUUUGAAUGCCAAAAAGAUUGUGUCGACGCACCACCUCCUGGCUGAUGUGUACGGUGUUACGGAAAUACUGCACGGGCUGCAGCUGAAGAUUGGGAUACUAAAGAACAAGCAUCACCCUGACCUUCAUUUGUGGGCUUGCACAGGUGUGCGGAAGGAUCCAGACCAAAUAACUCAUGGAGUGGAAAGAAGGGUAUUGGCUGUGCCAGUAUUGGCUGUGCCAGAUACCAUUAACCCCCCUGAAAGGACGUAUCAUGGUCAAAACCAUAGAGAGCCCCCUAGUUUACCCCAGAAGAUGGAGGAAACGUACAUUACGAGUGAGCACAGUUACCAGAAACCCCAGAGUUACAGCCAGGACUGCAAAAUGAUGACCGAUCCUAUAAGCUCAGACGACGACGACACCAGCAGUUUUGAAGACGAUCAGGAGCUUCCCUUAGAGGAUAAAAACUGUUUACAAUAUUCAUCUAAAGAAGAUGGUUUCAGCCAUCAGAGGCAUUUGGCUGAAGGGAACACUGUGUUUGUAUUUAAUGAAAAAAGAGGAGCCGAAGAACAUGUGGACUCCCACCUUCAGUGGCAGCUAAACCUCCUCACCCACAUAGAGAACGUACAGAACGAAGUUGCUAGCAGAAUGGACCUUAUCGAAAAGGAAGUGGAUGUUUUAGAAAGCUGGCUUGACUUCACCGGGGAAUUGGAGCCACCGGACCCCCUUGCACGGCUUCCUCAGCUCAAGCGGCGGAUCAAGCAGCUCAUAUCUGACAUGGGGAAAGUCCAGCAAAUAGCAACCUUUUGUUCUGUAUGACAAAGCGAAAGCUUGAAGGAAUACGCAGAUAGGCUCUUAACAAUGGAUUUCAUGCGCUUUGCGAGACCGACGAAGGGGUGAUUACGAAAAUAAAAAGACGCUUGAACACUAUUCCUUUGUUCUGUGCUGGAUGUCCCGUUAUCCCGAAGGUCUUGAGAAAAGGGGAAAGAGGAGGAAAGCAUCAAGGAAGGGGCACACCAAUAUGGCCUGCCAGGAUGUUCCCGCACGCCAUGUCGGGGAAAUCUUCAAACUGGGGUUUCCUUACGGGGGGAGGGCGGGAAUUAAGAAGCUUUGUUGGAGAAGGAAUGAAAGCGCAAUGUUUUCUUUCAGUGCGAUAGCAGAGAAAGAUUUACACCCACUGGUAUCUUGAAGGAUAGGUAAAAUGGAGCCGAUGUCUGUUUUUCCUGGUGCAACAGAUAUUACCCAGGAAAAUGAAAAAUACUAGCUUCCCUUUUUUAAAAAAGAAAAAAAGAGAGACUCUUUUCUGUGGUGGCCUCUUCACGAAUAUUAUUUUUUAAAACAAAACCUUCCUUGCGGGGAUCUUACGCUCCUUGUUAGAAACAGCUAUGGGGAGGGUAAAUGUCAGAAGUGCCAAAUAACGUUUUCGAAAACCACUGAAACGGGAGGAUGAGAGUCGUCUGCCGCGUGUUGCUCCCUCUUCCUUUUCCCCUGCUCCCCCUAGCAGAGUCCUCCAUAUAGCCAGCCAGCAAACCAUCCAAUAUUGUACUUAUAUCAUAUUUGCGUUUAGCCACAACUUAACAGUAUUCAGGGCUACAGUGCAUUUUUUAAAGAACCUUUUUUCUCCUGGACGAUUGGUUAGCAUUAGCUCUCUGAAAUACUGUUGCUCCUCAGCUGGAUUGAGGAAUGACCAGAACAUUUGGAAUGCCAGCGGAUGGGCUGUGAAAUCGGGCCAUUUCCCGGGUUAACUGCUUUUAGAUUUUGGGCAGCAUCCGAGCAAUGCGUCCUGCCAGUGCAAGAAUUUCCAUUUGUUGCAACAAGACUUGCACCCGUCUCCUUUCCCCUACCUUGCCCUCCCCUGCAUCGCCCCCAAAUCUGCUCUGAAGGGUUGGGAACCCCUAGAACAGAAUUAGAGGGGUGUGGUGAAAGGGGGAGAGGUCUGCAGAAAUCCCCAUGCUGAAGGGACCAUGACUUGGUGCUGUUUUUGCAGACAACCCUUGGGGGGGGGGAACAGCACAGAAUGAAAUUGCAACAACUGUGAAGGUGUCUCCUGAUGGGAUUCACUUGUGUUACAUGCCAAGGAUCUUGGAAGGGGUCAGCUUUCCCCCUGUUGCCAUUUUUUUUCCAAAUAAACCUUCCCCACGCUUAUUUGUAACCCUGGAGCAGGGGUUGGCAACCUAAGGCCCGUGGGCCACAAGCGGCCCAUGGGGGUCGUUUAUCCGGCCCAUGGACGCCCACUCGGGGAGCCCCCGCUCGGUCGGCUACCGUGCACCACACUAAACCAGUGCAGAGCAGAACGGGGAACACCUUCUGUGACGCUGGCCGGCUUCCCAUUGGCUGCAGGAAGUUCCUGCAGCCAAUGGGAAGCUGUGCAUGCCUCCUCCAUGCCGGAAGGAGUGCCGGAAAUAGCGUUUGCACAUGCGUGCGCAUUCCAGCCCACCGCAGCGUCUACAGGACCAUGAACCAGCCCAAGCCACAAAAACUUUGCCAAUCCCUGCCCUGGAGUGACCUGCAGGAUCACUCCCUAUGAAUCAAAAUCUGAGUGUUGGUAGCUGCCCUUGUAGAGCGGAUAUGGCGAAAAACCCAUUACUCGUACUGAGCGCCUCUAAUGGAGAAUAACUAUUUGCUAUCUAUCAGGGACGCUUAAUUAUGAGUUUGCAAAGCAUUGUGAAACCAAAGUCAACCUAGUUGCUGUGCGGUUUUUGUUUUUAUUGUUUCUGCACCAAGUCCAGAGCCUUCACUUCACUUCUGUUCAUCUGCAAUUUUGCUGCACCCACUGCUACAGUACACUUUUUAUUAUGUGUAUAUGUCUCUCUGUGUGUUGGUGUGAUACACACAUGCAGGCGCUCAUAUACAUUAUACAAUCUAGAGACAUAUUUAUAUUGACAAGUCUAGUUUUGUUACAAUAGACUAAGACCUUGGUGACAAAAUAUUUAAAAUGUUGCCUUUUAACACGCAGUUUCUAAAAGAGAGAGAGAGAGAGAGAUGAAGAAAAUGAAAAUAAUGUAUGUACAGGCUUUGAAAUUUGUAAAAAGAAAAAAGAAAAAAAAUGAAAUGCAAAAUUUUAAAAUAUUGACUGUUCAGAAGAGGUUAUAUAACUAACGGCAGCACGAUACUUGAACUCUUUACACCUCCCUUGCAAUUUCAGUGCUGGUGAUAUGUAUAAAAUCAUACGAGAACUGUAUGACAGGCCAUAAACUUGAAGCUCCCCUGGGAUAAGAGUACAAGCCACUGUACAUUUUUUUAAAAAAAAUGUAUUUAAAUUUGCAGAUACACUGUUCUAUAUGUAAGGUACUGUAUGUAAAGCUGUUUAUUAAACUAUUCUGCAUACUCUGCAUCCUUUCACUCUU